AUGUUACGUUUGGGAGAAUGUGAGAUAGGAGAUGAUGAUAAGCCGCUUACAAAACAGAAAAUAUUACAAGUGAAAAUAUUGAGUAAUCCAUUUAAUGAUAUUAUUCCACGAGAAAAGAAGAAAGAUAAAAAGAAGAAGGAGAAAAUUCGGGACAAAAAGGAUGCUAAAAAGAACCUUACACUUCUUUCGUUUGGCGAUGAAGCCGAAGAAGACGAAAUAGAGCUUCAGGAAGCGAAUGAGAAAUUUAAAUGUAAAAGUAAAAGUGCACAUGAUAUAUUAACUGAUGAAACGCUUAGUAAAGAGUUGGCUGUUCCGAUGGAAGAACUUAUCGAACCGAUCGAACCAUCAAGUUCAUCGAAUAUCGAAGAUACCGGGGAAAGAGAAGCACGAAUGGAACGAAUUAAGGAAAAAUUGAGAAAGCGUAAGCGUAAAGCUAGCGAUAGUGAUCGAAAUGAUGAGGAAGAUGAAGAUUUCGAGGCAAUGAUUAAGCAAGAGAUGAGUGACCGCCAAAAGCAGGAACUUGAGAAAAUUACUGCGGAAGUAAAAUUAGUGCAGAAAGAUUUGAAAGCAAUGCUGAAACCGAAGAAAGAAGAAGAAGAAAUAGAAGAAGAAAAACUGCUAACAGAGGCAACAAAGAGACACCUCGAAAUGAAACAAAUGUUCAGGGAAAGUGCAAAAGUUAAGCUGAAAUCUAAAGAUCCACGACGACAAGAUGAGACUAUGUCUAUGCUUGAAAAAAUUUUGGCAGAACACGAGGGUAUGAAGUCAUUCAAUCCUGUAAGAGAGCGAAAUCCGGAGAAAGAAAAGAAAAAAGAGGAAGAGCAUGAAGUAUCAGCUGGGAAGCUUAAUUAUGAUAAUGAAGAAGAUUUAGAUACCGCAGAAAUCUUGGCGCAUAAGUUUGUAGCACCCGAAGAGGAUGGCAAAGUAAGCAAAGCGAAGGAUGCAAAUUUGCGAGAAGAAAGUGAAGAUUGGUACGAUAUUACGGAUCCGCGGAAUAAAAUAAAUCAACGGAGAAGAGGAGUCGUAUAGUUUUAUUUUGAUAUGAGUG